AUGCAAGAAUCAGUGGUAAUCAAAGCAGCAGCUCUAGAGGCAGUAAUUCUAGAAGUAGUAAUGCUCCUUCAAGCAAUAACUCUGGAAGUAGUAAUGAUUCAAGAAGCAGCUCUAGAAGCAGCAAUGCUUCAAGCAAUAACUUUAGAAGCAGCAAUGCUUCAAACAGUAACUCUGGAAGCAGUAAUUCUGCGAGUAAUAGACGAACUUAUGAAAAUGAAAAGAUGGUUAAAAUCCCAGUCUGUGGUAUUUUUAACAGUGAUUUUUUUCCUUUCCUGCUCUUGUCUUCUAAUAUUAACCAGUAAACAGAAAGAUGCUGGAAGUUUAAAAAUUGUGAAAGAAAUGACGGAAACGGUUCUCAACAACUUUAAAAGGCGGCGUAAACAUCUUGAAUCAGUUUGUGGUGUGAUGAUGAAUUCUUCUAGUCCUUAUUAUAAUGUUCUACAAGCUAGAACACAGAGCCCAGGGAGGGAAGUUGUAUUUCUACCAGGGACACCACCGAUCACAGUCUGCAUUCCACAUAAGGUUGGGUCUCACGCUUGGGGUGUUUUUUCUAGAGAAAUUAACAAGAAAUAUCCAGGGGCAGAAUCAGCAUGGAGAAAAGGGGCAUGGGAUGAAAGAAAAAAUCUUCGAGCUGUUGUUGUUCGGCAUCCUUUAGAAAGACUUGUUUCAGCCUACAGAAUGAUAUUUGCUGAUUAUUGUGACCCUGAGUCUAAGUUUCUAAAGCACAGAAACCUUUGUGAAAAUUCUUCAAACCCUGACAGUUUUGAAAAUCCCCUGGUUCGACCUGAAGUUAUGACGGGAUCAUUUCAACAGUUUCUAGAGGCUGUUCAGGAUGAGUACAUCAAUGGUAAACAAAGGGGCUGA